AUGGAAUAUAGGAUAGUUUUGCCGGAAAGUAAGAACGAUAUUUGUCGUUUUUGUAUGUCCAUUAGCGAAAAUAUGUCGCAUACUUUAUAUAAAGAGCAGGAACACACGAAAUUAUUCGAAAUGUUGUCAAUUUUGCAGUUGGAUAUUAUUUGCGACGAUGUAAUGCCGAACAACGUGUGCCUCAGCUGCGAGCAGAAAAUCCAGGAAAUUCACAGUUUUCGCUACAUGAUAAUAGAAAAUGAAAAAAUACUGAAAUGUGUGUAUCAGGAGGGUAAAGAUGAGGAAUAUGUGGUGGAAAAUAAAGAUAAUAUAACAUUAGAGUCUGAAACAAAGUUGGAAAGUGAUAGUGAGUUUGAAAACACCAGGGAUGAUGAAUAUUUAGAAGAAAUAGAUGAGGAGCAAGUAAAGGUAAAAAAAAAGCGUCGGAAAUUGCAGCCAGGAGAAAAACCCGUGAAUAGAAGCAAGUUAAUGCAGUGCGAGACGUGUAACAAAACAUUCAGAAGGGAUUACUUGCGUAAACACAAGUGUAAAGGUGUGGGGGUUAAGCCAAUUUUGAAUGAGGAAAUAAUAGACGACAAAAAAGAACAUGUUUGUAAUGUGUGCGCGGAAGUUUACGAUAGCGAGUUGAGGUGUUUGCUGCAUUAUAUCCAGCACUUUUUGUUUGAAGGUUCGGAGAAAAUUGACCCUGUUGUGUACUGUAAUUUUUGCGGUUUCGUGUUGCAAACUUUCGAGGAGUAUUUAUCCCAUAUUUCCGAUAAACACGUGGAUUUUUCGUCGAUGCCUUGGCCGUGUAAAGUGUGCGAAAUUAGUUUCUCUAGUGAGUUUGAGUUGAUCAACCAUAUGCACAAUUCGGAGUUUUGCGCCAAAACCUUGAAACCUGUGGAUAUCUACGGGGAAUGUUUGAUUUGUAAGAAAGAGUAUGAAGGGUCUUUAUUGAAUCACCUAAAAAAACAUUUAUUAAAACGGCAUAACUGCGCUAAGUGCGGGGACAAGUUCAUAAUGCUCAUGGCGUACAAUAACCACCUACUUUUGCACCCCGAAUUUAAAUACAAGUGCAACUACUGUAGGAGAAUGUUUGUCUUAAAGUCAAACAUGGAAAAACACAUAAAAGAAAUGCACCAAGACGAAAAAUUCAUAUGCGAGAUCUGCUCGAAGCUUUUCAACCGCAAAAACAACUUGGAAAGCCACAUAAAGCAAAAACACGACGAGUCGUGCAAAAAAAUAAUCUGCCCUCUGUGCGGCUACAGCACCGUUUCGAAACACGAUCUAAAACGCCACGAGAGAUUCCACACAAACGAAAAACCGUACGUAUGCAACUUUGAAGGCUGCACCAAAGCCUACAAAACCAGCAGCGCUUUAAGUCACCACAAAAAAACGCAUCUAAACAUCAGAAAUUACCGAUGCGACAUCUGCGAGAAGUGCUUUUACACCUCCAACCAUCUAAAAGACCACAUGUACAUACACACGGGUGAGCGGAACUUCACAUGCCAAAUUUGUGACCGGUCUUUCAAAAGAAAAGACCAAUUAACAGCCCACUACAAAAUCCACGGCAAAAAAGGCAUCGAGCACGAAAUCAAAGUCGACACCCAAGAAAUUUUUAAAAUUGAAAACAUUAACAAUUUAUAA